AUGAAUCCUCCUUGUGGAAGAUGCAAGAAACCAGUUUAUCCAACAGAAAAAAUCAACUGUCUCGAUAAGUUUUGGCAUAAGGGAUGCUUCAGCUGUGAAGUAUGCAAGAUGGCCCUGAGCAUGAGUAACUACAAGGGCUUUGAGAAAAAGCCAUAUUGCACAAUGCAUUACCCCAAAUCCUCCUUCACCAUCGUGACGGACACCCCCGAAAACAAGCGGCUCAAGCAACAGACCCUGCUGAACAGUCAGGCGCUUUAUAAAGAGGAUUUUGAAAAGAACAAAGGCAAAGGUUUCAGCGUGGUGACCGACACUCCUGAGAUGCAGAGGCUAAAGAAGACUCAGGAACAAAUCAGUGAUAUCAAGUACCAUGAGGAGUUUGAGAAGAGCAAGAUCCCCAGUGACGCCCCUCCCCCCGUCAACAGAAGCGAAGAUGACGUCCCAUGUGAUCCCAGAUUGAGUCAACCACCAGUUCAGCCUCGUCCUGUGGCACCACCUGCUGGAGGGCCACGUUACCAGGCUCUGUACAGCUACACCGCAGUAGAAGCUGAUGAAGUGUCACUGCAGGAGGGAGAUUUGAUCCUAAAUGUGGAGACCAUAGACGCCGGCUGGGUGUUUGGAUUCAACCAGCGCGCAGGAAAAAGAGGAAUGCUACCUGCCAACUACAUCCGACCCAUUUGA